AUGCCUAGAGACGAUUUAUCUAUCGACUUCGUCAGGAAGAUGCCACCUGCCGAACCGCUCGACCCGGCACUGAUCCUCGACGAGUUUAUCAACAGGACCCAGAACCUGGCUGAGGAGUUGCGCUUCCUGCAAGAAGAGAUCGCAGACAAGGAUCGUCAAUAUGACAAGCUGGUGCGGGAGAUUGAAGAACGGGAUGGGCGCAUCCAGAAGUGGAUCAAGGCACACGGCAGCCACCAUCCAAACCCAAAAGAGGAGGAAUAUCGGGCAACCAUAAGGAAGAAUUUUGAGCUAGCGGAGCAGUUGUCGAACGAGAAGAUUGCUUUGACCCAGAAGUUGCAGCAGAACUUGGACAAGCAUACUCGCCAGCUCGACAUGCAGAUCAAGAUGCUCUACGACCGCGGCGAGCCCGGUUUUACCGACCCCGAUGAACUCCCCUCUCUCCUGCGCCCUAGUGCUGCUAACGCGACGAACGGGACUGGUGGCCCCCGAGGCGCGAAUGCGGCGAAUGCUAUUUCCUCAGCUCUUAACAACAUACCGCAAGCCCGGGCGGCAAAUGCACAGGUUCGCAGUGCUCAGACUCAGCAACAAGUUUCGGCUUCGGCGCCUGCCACCCCGGCAGCGAGCAUGAUCAUGAACCGCCAGGCGAGAGAGAGCUCAGCCGGCCCGGCAACGAAGCGCGUGCCCCGGUCGAAUAGCGGAUUGGGCACCCUGCCCGCGACAUCGAGCGGGCUAGCCCGCCACUCUUCGCUCGGGCCAGGCACGCCUAAGGGGGCCCAGACGGCCGCGGGCGUUCAGCGCGCUGGUAGCGCUGGGCCGCGGGCCACAUCCAAGGCCACGCUCGCCGGCGGGGUGCGCAAGGCAGGCACACCUUCCAGUGCAGGCGGCCGCAAAAAGGGGACGCCGGCAGCCGGCGCUGGCGUCCAAAAAUCCGGCUUGUCCCGCGUCAAGCGCGCCGCCAAGAACUCACCCUCCUCCGCCGCCGAAAGCGAGCUCUCUGACGCCGAAUCAGCCAGCGACGACGAGAGCGAUACGCGCACCGGCGGCCGCGGCACCCCGGCCGCGUCUCUCUCCCGCUCCGCCUCCAACCAAGCCGCCGCCUCGCUCCCGACAGGUGGCGCCGGCGCCGGCAAUCGCGACUCGAGCCUUCACAACCGCACCCCCUCGGGCACCAGCAGCUACCCCAACGGCAACAACAGCAACGGGGCAGACCGAAACACCGCCCACCCGCGGAGCCCCCACCCGGGGCGCGGGAUCAAGGAAGAAGACGUGGACAUGAUCGACGUGGAGGACGACGAGGCCGGCGACGACCGCAAGUACUGCUCGUGCCAGAACGUCAGCUUCGGCAACAUGGUGGCCUGCGACAACGACCAGUGCCCCUACGAGUGGUUCCACUGGGGCUGCGUCGGGCUCAAGAGCGAGCCCAACGGGACGUGGUACUGUCCCGAGUGUAGUGAAAAGUUGAAGCGGAAAGGGAGUUAG